GUUAGUUUUGUUCACCAGCGGUGUGGAAUGCUAUGCUGACCUGAGAAAAUAAUUUUUCGUUAGAGUAUCAUUGGUUCAGCUCUCCGAAAAUUCAAAUCUACCGCCAAAUGUGCGAGGCGUCGAUGUUGGGGUUUGCUUGUUGUUGGAUAUUCGGCUCUUUGGGAGCACGUGUUUUUGAGGUUAGAUUGUUGUUGUCGUACCAUUUCGCCAAUUUUUUCGCGUGCGGCGAUGAAGUCUUGUUACUUUUAUGACAAUAUUUAAAUUAUACGUUAGUUUAAAGUCCUUAAAACAGUUCCUCUAAGUUAAAAUUCGUCAAUUCAGUUUUUCAGUCGGUUGUGAGUAUUAAGUUCUUGCCAUGUUGAAGAAGGACGAUCCUGAGGAAAUGGAAGUGAAGUCCGAAGAUGAAUCCAAUGAUGAAAAACCCGACCUUGUCAGUGAUGAUGUUCCCGUCAAAAAGAAGAGAAAGUUCAGUGAGAAGGGUAGUAAAAAAGGACCAGCUAAGAAGAAACCAGUAAAGAAAUUUAAGAAAGAUGGAACGCCCUUUAUCAGCGGUGAAAUCGAAUCAGAAGAUGGUAAGCCCAAUUGGUCUUCUGUUAAAAAAGAUAAGAAAGAACUCCUUAAAAUCAGAAAAGCGCACGAUAGUUCUAAUUACGAAUUAUCUGUGAGUGCUAAGAAGAUUUGGGAGAAAGUACGUAGAACAGACUGUCCGAAAGAGGAGCGCUCUACUUUAAUUAAGGAGCUUCACAAGCUGUUGGCAGGCAAAAUGAAAAGUGUUAUAUUUUCCCAUGAUAUGGCUCGCAUUGUGCAGUGGCUCCUCAAACUCGGCUCCGAGGAAAUUCGGCAAGCAAUAUUUGAUGAAUUGAUAGGAGAUGUUAAACCAAUGAUAACUUCCAAGUACUCCAGUACUUGCGUGAAGCGCAUGUUGAAGUAUGGUAAUGACAAAAUGAAAGAGUCCCUCAUCGAUGCCUUGAGUGGCUCAACAGUCAAAUUUCUGAGUAAUGUGAUCUCAUCGCCAAUUAUCGAGUUAGUCUACACAACUUGGGCAAACCCGAGGCAGAAGAUUCAAAUGAAAGCAGAAAUGUACGGUACUUUACCGCAACUUAAUAAAGUGAAAACGCUCUCUGAGGCUAUUACUGUGAUUCCUGAAAUGAAAGAUGCCAUUCUGCGGAAAGUUCAAGCAAAUCUGAACAAGUUCUUAAAGAAAGAAAAGGUUCUCAAAUCUUCCUUAGUGCAAAAAGUUCUGCUUGAAUACCUCGAAACCGCAGAUAAGCAAAGCAAAGAAGAACUCCUUGAAAGCAUCUCAAGCAGUCCUAUCAUGAACACAAUCCACCUGAAAGACGGUGCCAAAGUUUGGAUGAUGGUCUUGUGGCAUGCCUCGAAGAAAACGAAGAAAGCUAUCGUCAAACAGCUGAAAGGUAAUGUCAAAGAAGUUGCCAUCUCUGAAUUUGGGCAUUUGGUCUUGUUAGCAUUAUUUGAUUACGUCGACGACACAGUGCUUCUGUCGAAGGUGCUCAUCAAAGAACUCAUUGAAGCUGUAGCUGACGUCGCCGUGAACGAAUACGGAAGAAAAGUUAUUUUGUAUUUGGUUGCUCAUCGUGAUCCUGCCUACUUUACGCCGGAACUAGUGAAAAUGAUGGAGAAAGGUGACGAAAUCGCAGAUAUCAAGAAAGACAAGGAAGUUCGUGAGAAGGAGCUUCUUCAGAGUAUCAGUAAGCCGUUGUUGGAGUUGGUGCAAAAAGACGUUCAGUUCUGGGUGUCCAAUCAUUCUAUUACCAUGGUCACGCUUGCGAUUCUAAAGUCCGGUGCUCAUCCUGAGGUAACGGCUGCAUUCGAAGCGGUCUCCGAUUACUUAGUUAAUGAAGAGAGUAAAUUGACUGAUGAGACAGGGAAGGAAGUCCCCGUAGUUGAAGAUCUAGGUGUCCAUCUCAUGCUAAAAAAACUAAUUCAACAUGACACGAAACAGGUGACCGUUAGCUCCAAUACAUUCUGUAGUGUCUUAGUAAAUCGUCUGUCUGCACAAACACUGAAGAGAUGGACUGAAUCGAAUAGGGGUUGCUUCCUUCUUGUAUGUAUUUUAGAGUCUAAGAUUCCUGAGGCAAUUAAAUCGCUCUCUGACAAACUUAAAAAUUCCUCUGUUUCCACCAAAAUAUCAAAAAAUAAAUCUAAAGGGGCAGAAAUUCUGAAGAAAAAGUUGAAAGAACUUUAAUAUUUUUCAUUUUUGGCAUAAUCAACAAGCUUGUUCUUCUGAAAUGUAUCUAAUCUUUAUUUUUGAAAUGCCCAGUUUGAUUAAUCAAAUUCUUUAAUGUAAAGUAACUUAGCCUUUCAUGACUCAUAAGAUGAGUGGAAGACUACUCAUUGAAUUUUGGUGGAAUAAAUGAGUGUGAACGUAAAUCCUCCAUUCCUCAAAAAUUCACCAUCUAGUUUACGAACAGAUGGUAGUUUUUGUGGAAACUUUUAGUGAGCAUAGAAGUGUCUUGCAGUGUAUGAAAACCUUCAGAAACUUGAUCAUGGACGGUAAUAAUAAUUUUUAAAAGAAAUUGACCUAUUUUAUACAAUGAACUAAAGCCCAUUUUCAUUUAGGUAAUGUUUCCAUCUUGAAAUUGUCGGGGAAUAUCAAUUCUCCCAGGCACCAAAAUAAAUGAAUUUUGGAACUGAAUAAUUUGAACUACCUAGGUAGGGAGUAGUUUAAAAGUCUUUUCUAGACCUGGAUUAAACAUUAUUUGUUGAAUGUGUUUAGAAUGUUUAUAAUGUUCAAUGUCCACAUUUUCCCUUGCAUUAAUGUUUCAAAAAUCAUGUAAACUUGCAUGUAAAUGACUGACAGGCAUUGACUUGACAUGCAUAGGUUUUGCAGAAUGCUCAUAAGAUUGUAGUUCGCCGUUAUGAGUAAAAUUUUCCCAGGAAAAUUUGCUAAGUUUUUAUUUUCUGUAUCAUUUACUGUUGAUGUUCAUUUCUAUCAACGAAUACAAUUUUUAUUCUUACAA